AUGGAAGUUAUCCACCUGCCUCGAGACCUCCUUCUGGCCAACGACUGGUUCACCCGACUCGACCUCCAAGAUGUGCAUCUCUCGGUGUCAUGGGGGAUACUGGAAUUUAAUAAUGAAAGUUUCAUUAUUCAACCUUAUGAGCUUGUUUCUGGAUUUCAGCAUCUGGUUUCUAAAAUUGAAAGUUAUAAAGGCAUAAGCAUAAUAUCAGAUAACGAUACUGAUCUCAACAAUCAACACUAUCAACAAAGGCUUCUUCACCAGUUUAAGUCUGCUGCAAAGCCAAGAAUAUCCAUAUUUGGACCAAGGCGACACUUGGAAAUUGCAAUAUUUGUAACAGUAGAAGUGUAUAAGGCACUGGGUUCCAGCCCAUCAAACACCAUUUCAAAGUUCACCCAGUUGUUUAGCUAUCUUAUACCAAAAUUUGUGCCAUUAAACCUACACAGCUUUUUAACUCAAAUCAAUAUCUGGACAGUGUCAGACUUUGUACCAGAAGAAGAAAACCUUAGUGUCCCGAGGGAUAUCGCCACUGGACUCAGGGCUUUUGCUGAUGUGAAAAGCUUUAGCAGUUGCAGUAUCAAGGAUUUUGAAGCAUUAGUUAUGAAAACUGGUGCUAAUUGCCUCGUGCCACUACCAUAUAAAAAGUCAUUUGCUGACCCUUCCGUGUGUGGUAACAGAAUGUUGGAUCCUGGGGAAAUCUGUGAUUGUGGCACAGAAGCUGAUUGUGUAAAUGAUCCGUGUUGUGACCACAAGACCUGUUCUUUGAAGUCUGGUGCUACUUGUGCACAUGGGCCGUGCUGUGCAAACUGCCAGAUGGUUCCUGCUGGUGUGGUUUGUAGAACAGCUGCAGAUGAAUGUGACCUUCCUGAAUUUUGCUCUGGAAUGGAAGCAGCCUGCCCUGAUGAUGUAUUCCAGCAAAAUGGCAAUCUGUGCAAUCAAGGAAUUAAUAUUUGUUUCAAUGGGAAAUGUCAAAGUGCUGAUUUACAGUGCAAACACAUUUUUGGUCCAGAUUCCAAAAGUGCCAGUUAUGAAUGCUACCAAGAACUAAAUGUAAUAGGUGAUAGAUUUGGAAACUGUGGUGGUGUCCAGGGAUAUUACGCCAAAUGUGACAAAGAUGAUGUACUGUGUGGCAAGAUCCAAUGUGCAAUCACAGGAGAAGUAAAGAUAAAUAUAAAAAAUGCAGCUGUGUCUUUCUACACUCCUAAAAAUGAAACUUGUGUAAACGCUGACUUUUUCACAAGUGAUUUUGUUGAUCCUGUACAAGUUAGAGAUGGUACAAAGUGUGGUGAGAAUAAGAUAUGCUAUAAGCAAAGGUGCACUGAUUUCUCCAGGUCUGACUUUACUUGUGAACAUGAUACAACAUGCAAUGGCCGAGGCAUUUGCAAUAAUAAACACAACUGUCGCUGUGACCCAGGCUGGAAACCGCCAUUUUGCAUUGAACCAAGUGACAGCAUUAAUUCAAGGAGUCUGGACCCAAACAAAGGUAUAUAUUCUGACGCAAAUGCAGGUGAAAGAAAAACUUCGCUUUUAAUAGGAUGUUUACUAGGUGUGCCUUUACUGAUUAUAUUAGUUGCCAUCCUGAUAAAAUUAUUCAAGAAACAGAGCGAAGGAAAAAAAUCCCAGGAUGAUGAGACAGAAAAUGACGAAGAUGAGGGAAGUAGAGAGGAGGAUGAGACUGAAAUGGAGACAUCAGAAAGUUUACAGACUUAGAAGCCAGAAGCUCCUUGUCAUGUAUGACCCUUCAACUUCAUUGUUUUAAAUGGGUUAUAUGUUCCCUAGUUAUUGUUUAGAUUACGUUAUACUUGCUUCUUUCUUAUCAUUUUUGUUCCCCAUAAUCCAUUUUAAGUUAUUAAUAUAUGUAUUGAAUACAAAUACAAUAUUUAUAUGAUUACCAAUGUUAAACUGCGCAUUAAAGAUCAGAUUGUGUGUUGAUAAAUUUAAGGUUAUGUGCAAACUGAUGUUUCAUGAAUACUUGACAAUUUAAGUAAAAUUUAUUGAGAUGGCAAUACAAUACAAUAAAGGAGCAGAAUGAAA